GACACUCCCAGCAGUUAGAUCAGAACACAACCCAGCCCCUUCCUGACGCAGGGAGCAAAUUGCAGAGGAGGUGCUUCAGUAUUAAUGAAAGAACAUGAAGUCCUCUUGGUUAUUUAUAAUAUGCAUGCUAUGGCUGAAGGGUCACCAGUGUGCACCGACCAAGCAGGAGGAAAUGAAUCUCCAGGAAAACCUGAAGCUCUUAUCUGAAGUUGGAGAGAAGUAUGUAGAUGAAGAGGUAAAGAAAGCUUUGAUUGGUAUAAAGCAGAUGAAAAUAAUGAUGGAAAGAAAUGAAGAUAAACACAUGAAUCUGAUGAGAACAUUGAAGAAGAGCAGUGAAGAAAAACAGCAAGCCUUGCGUCUUAUGGAGGAAGUAAAGGAGAGAUUAGAAGAAGAAGAAAAACAAUGCCAAGUAUCCUUGAAAAAUUUAUGGGAUGAAUGUGAAUCUUGUUUAGAAAGCACCUGCAUGAGAUAUUAUACAACUUGCAAACAAGGUUUGUCAAGAUUUAGAGGAAAGGUUGAAGAUUUUUUGAGGAAAAUACCUCCACUCAUUUUUACUUUUCAAGAGGAUCAUGGAAAGGACAUCGAGUUUAAUGAAAAGCCUGAGAAAGUGGAUAGCCAGCUAGUAAAAAUGGAAGAUCUAUUUAGUCAACUAUUAUCAGACAUGGGCUCAAUAUUUGACAGAAGUUUCAUUUUUUUCAAGCAGAUGCAAAAAGAAUUCGACCAGUCUUUUCAGAUGUAUUUCAUGUCUGAUCUGGACUUGACUGAUUCCCCCAACAUGCCAGCUCUACCUGAGACCACCAGAAACAAUGGCUUACAGAAAGGCUGGGGCAUGCCUGCCUUCAUACAGAUAGUUUUUGAUUUCAGUAAGACUGUGUUUGAAGGUGUCAGUGAGGUGAUUACCGAAGUAUUUGAUGAAUACAGAGCUAAUAGAAGAGAGGUGCCAGAACAAGCCAAAGAUCCUGACAGAAAUGGCAUGUUCUCAGAAAUUGUGUCAGGGCGCCAGAGGCCUCUGUGUAGGGAGCUUCGGGAGAACUCCUCUGGAUGUCCACAGUUUCAUGAGAGAUGUCAGAAAUGUCAAGACAACCUGUUGCAUGAUUGCCCAAACGUUCCUGAGCUUCACAUGAAGAUGGAUGAAGCCUUUAAACUGGUUAAUGUCUCAGGGGAGCAGUAUGAGCAGAUUCUCCAGGUAGUUCAGCGUCACACAGAAGACACUUCCUACUUGUUGAACAAAAUGAAAGAAAGAUUUGGGUGGGUGUCUGAGUUAUCCAAUAUGACCAUUGGACCAGAAAGCAUUUUCAAUAUAGUUAAGGUAAGGUUAUCUUCUGAAGGGAACUCCUCUGGUAAAAGUGAAACCAUGGUAGACGUGAAUAUUCUGACUUCCCCUACUUUCACCAUUAAAGUUCCUCCCAACUUAAACCCAAAUAGUACUGAAUUCAUUGAAUACAUAGCUGGGAAAGCACUGCAACUAUAUAAGCAGAAUUUUUAA